AUGACGUACACGACUAGUAUAAAUAAUACAUUGUCAUUACUUCAACCAAAUUAUAUCAACCAUAAUAAAUUUGAAAAAUUACAGUCUACUCAAGCUAAAAAAUUAUCAACUAAUUUUGGAACAAUCAUACGGGCUGCUGGAAAAAAAAUAUCCUCAAUAUUUACUGAUGAUGAAAUUAAAGUAUCAAAUAUUGAUAAUUAUGAGGUAUCACUUAAUAGUGGUAAAGUUGGACUAGUAACACAGGAAAUAGUGAAAAAUUUAAUUUUGCCUCCCACAUUCAGCGUUGAAUUUAACGGAAAAUCAAUUGAACCUAAAAGCAAUAUAAUUAAAGAUGAAGUAGUAAAAGCAGUAUCAUUUCGGUUAGGCAAAUGGAAUGUAUCACUUAAGGGUGAUGAAUUAACAUUUAAAACAAGAGAUACUGACGAAACUUUUAUAUUGAAACAUGCAGUUCAUGUUAAAUUUCACAGAAGCCCACCUAAAUUAUUGGAGGAUGGUGGUUUUGAAUCAUCUCCAAGAACACUUUUUUCUGAUAAAUUUAUAACUUAUCCUGCUAAAGUAAUAUCAAAAUCAGAACAGUCGGGGCUUUUAGAAAAGUCUUUCCCACCUGUACCCAUGACACGUCGGGUGACUGCAACUGAAGACAGUAUUUAUGAAUUAACUGAUGAACCAAAUAUAUUUGGAAGAAUGAAAUUAAAAUUUCCAAUGAUUGCGUCACUUAAAGGAGCUCAACAAAAAAUAUCGUCAGAAAAUCUUGAAGAUACUUUUAUUAUCGAUUACACAGUUGACAUUCAAGCUAACAAGAAUAAAUUGCCUGGAUCUUCAAAAAAUGGAAUUGCAGAUUCAAAAAAAGAUAUAACAUCAAAAGUUGGUAUACUUCGAAUGCAACUUCAGAGCGGUGAUCUAUUCAUUGAAGCAAACAGUGGACAACGUGUAUUCAUCAGACAUGAAGUCAACAUUGAAAUUGACUUGGAUAGUAAAGUGCCAAGUAUUCUUAUUAGCCCUGGUAUAAGAAGAAACAUAUAUAAAGAUUAAUAAAAUAAAUAAUAAUUAUUUUUCUUGUUUAUAAAUUUAUGACUUAUAUACCGACAUAUAUAUUU